CUCAGCCACUUCCAGGAGUUCAGCGUCAAGAGCAGUGACAGCUAUGCCGAGAUGAAGUUCUAUGUUGUCAUCCGGAGACGUCCCCUCUUCUACACUGUCAGCCUGCUGCUCCCCAGCAUCUUCCUGAUGCUCAUGGACAUCGUGGGCUUCUACCUUCCUCCCAACAGCGGCGAGAGGGUCUCUUUCAAGGUCACCCUCCUGCUGGGCUACUCCGUUUUCCUCAUCAUUGUAUCUGACACGCUGCCGGCCACUGCUGUUGGCACCCCAUUGAUAGGUGUCUACUUCGUGGUGUGCAUGGCGCUGCUCGUCAUCAGCCUGGCUGAGACCAUCCUGAUCGUGCGCCUGCUGCACAAGCAGGACCUGCAGCCCCGUGUUCCCACCUGGCUGAAGCACCUGCUGCUGGAGCGAGCCGCCAUCCUGCUCUGCAUCCGCAAUGGGAGGAAAUUCAGCCAGAGCAGGACGCAGAGCUCGGACAUCUCCGGGCAGGAGGAGAACAACGACAGCACGGCCAAGCUAAGCAACUACAGCCACGAGGACCCUCGGGAAUGCGAUGUGGAGGGGGACGUGACACCUACGCCGGCCUUUUCUGGCCAGGCGGAGGGCUCGGCGCUGAUGCAGGGUGUCCUGC